AUGGGCACGGAGCGGGGCGGGCUGGGCAGCCUGACCGUGUUCAGCAGGGAGGAUUUCGAGGAUGAGUGGCUGCGAGUGGCCAGCGGGGGCUUUGGCCACGUGUACCAGGUGAAGCACAGGAGGUGGAGGACGGUCUACGCCGUGAAGUGCUCCCCGUACCUGCUGCAGGACUCCAGCAUGGACAGGACCAGCAUGAACUGUCUAAUGGAGGAGGCCAGCAAGAUGGAGAAAAUCAAAUUCCAGCACAUUGUCACCAUCUACGGGGUGUGCAACAGCCCCCUGGGGAUAGUGAUGGAAUACAUGGCCAGGGGCUCCUUGGAGAGAAUCCUCCCCACCCACAGGAUGUCCUGGCAGCUGAAAUUCAGGGUGAUCCAUGAGAUGGGCUUGGCCAUGAAUUUCCUGCACAGCAUGAGCCCUCCCCUGCUGCACCUGGAUCUGAAGCCAGGGAAUGUCCUCCUGGAUGGGAACAUGCACGUCAAGAUCUCCGACUUUGGGCUGUCCAAGUGGAUGGAGCAGUCCAGCAGGAUGCAGUACAUCGAGAGCUCAGCUCUGAGGGGCACCCUGAGCUACAUCCCCCCCGAAAUGUUCCUGCAGAACAGCAAGCCCCCAGGGAUCAAGUACGAUGUGUACAGCUUCGGCAUCGUCAUCUGGGAGGUGCUCAUGCAGAAAAAGCCUUACACAGGGGCCAACAUGAUGGCCAUCAUCGUGAAGGUGGCGGCGGGGAAGAGGCCGGGGCUGGAGCUCGUCAGGGACGACUGGCCCGGGGAGUGCCACCAGAUGGUGGACCUGAUGAAGAGGUGCUGGGACCAGGACCCCAAGCAAAGGCCCAGCUUUGCAGAUAUCCCUGUGGAGACCGACGUGCUGCUGGCUCUGAUCCAGAGCCUGGUGCAGGACCCGGAGAACGAGCGCCUGGUCAGGAAGAUGUCCCACAAACCGGCCAUCUCCAGGAGCCAGCAGGGUGACAAAGAGGAGUUCACCUUCCCCCGAGACACCAGGAGUGGGGGAAAGGACCCCCAGGAGGUUCCUGUCCCACCUCCACACGGGGAUGCUGGCACCCCUGAGGAGCUGUGCCCCGAGGAGCUGGGCAGGGUGCAGGAGAACGGCCUGACCCCGCUGCACCUGCAGGUGCUGCAGGGCCACGCGGCCAAGGUGCGCUCGCUGCUGGGCCGCGGGGCCGGCGCCAACGUCGCGGCGGGCGGCGGCUGCACCCCGCUGCUGCUGGCCGUGCAGCGCCGGCUCCCCGACAUCUGCGCCCUCCUCAUCGAGCACGGCGCCGACGUGGACGCGGCCGACGAGGACGGCUGGGGCCCGCUGCACUUCGCGGCCCAGCAUGGCGACGACCGCACGGCGCGGCUGCUGCUGGACCACCGGGCCCGCGCCGACGCCCAGGAGCGCGACGGGUGGACCCCGCUGCACCUGGCGGCCCAGAACAACUUCGAGAACGUGGCGCGGGUGCUGCUGUCCCGCCAGGCCGACCCCAACGCGCAGGAGGUGGACGGCAAGACCGCCCUGCAUGUGGCCGCGGGCUUCGGGCACGUGGGCCUGGUCAAGCUGCUGGCCAGCCAAGGGGCCGACCUGGAGAGGAAGCAGAAGAACCUCAGGACGCCGCUGCACGUGGCCGUGGAGAGGGGCAAGUUCAGGGUGGUGCAGUACCUGCUGAAGAACGGCAUCUCCGUCAACAGCCUGGACCAGAACCACUACAGCGCCCUGCACCUGGCCGUGGCCAGGGGCAAGUACCUGAUCUGCGAGAAACUCAUCAAGUACGGGGCCAACGUGGAGCUGAGGACGGACAAAGGCUGGACCCCCCUGCACCUGGCCUCCUUCAAGGGGCACAUCGAGAUCAUCCGGCUGCUGAAGGGCAGCCGCGCCCGGCUGGACGCCAAGGGCGGCAUGGACUGGACGCCGCUGCACCUGGCCACGCGCUACGGGGACGAGCCCGUGGUCAGCGAGCUGCUGCGCUGCGGGGCCGACCCCAACACGGCCGAGAGGUCCCGCUGGGCCCCCCUGCACUUCGCCGUGCUCAGGGGCUCCUUCCUCAGCGUCAUCAACCUCCUGGAGUGCCGCGCCGACGUCAACGCCAGGAACAAGGUGGGCCGGACCCCGCUGCACCUGGCCGUGCUCAAGGGCAACAUGGCCAUCGUCAAGACGCUGCUGAAGGCGGGGGCCCUGCUGGACGUGGAGGACAUCACGGGGUGCACGGCCCUGCAGCUGGCCGUGAGGCACCAGCGGGAGAGCAUCAUCACCCUGCUGCAGGGCAAGGAGGCCUUGGGGAGCAAAGCUGGGAGCAGGACUCUGAAUGAGGUGAAGAUGCCCAGGCUCAUCCCAGGAAGGACAGAUCUGUAA